UCACAGCUAAGAACAAUAAUAUUUUAGUGGCAAAAUGACUCUCCCAGCGAACAGACGUGUUGUCGGAUUAUUAAUUAAUUUAUUUAUAUUUUUACAAACAAUAUGCGGACAGUAUCAAAUACCUGACGUGACUAUAAGUGCGUUAAAACCGCGAGGAUUUCGCGCCUCAAUACCAGAUGCUCCAAAUCUCAGUCUGUUCGUCUUCCAAGGGAAUGUGAACCGUCCCAUUGGUAGAACAGAUGUUGGGACCAUUUCUGGAGAAGUUCUGCAAUCGAAGGAUGGAUGGUGGACAGUGGAAGAACCAGGCAUAGAGCUGAAGAUCGGAGACGUUAUCAAUUACUACGUGGUGGUUACUGCAGACCGAGCUGGUUAUGUUAAGGAUAAACUUAGCUACACUGUUACAGCUCUCGAAGACCGGACUUUCACACCCAGUAUCACUCCAUCACCUGCAACACCUCGGCCAACACCAGCCGUCACAGAAUGCAGACCAACGGUGACCUUGGUCCAAGGUGGCACCGCGUGCGCAGGCCAGACGAUAUUCGAGGAAAACUUUGACAGAUUCCGAGAUGAUAUUUGGCAGAUUGAGCAGUAUUUACCGUCUUCACCGAACUUCCCAUUCGUCUCCUACCAGCGUCUGACUUCUGACCCAACCGUUUCUGUAUCAAACGGUGAGCUGCGCAUAGUUCUCAACCUGCAGCAAAGGGUACCAGGGUUCACAGCAGACUCCAUCUUCACCGGGUCUCUCAACCUGUACAGUGGAUGCACAUCAUCAGCUGAAGCAUGCAUGAAGCAAGCAUCUGGCGCAGACAUUCUGCCUCCCAUCGUCAGCGGCAGGAUCAUCUCCAAAGGUUUCGCCUUCACUUAUGGAACUGUCACCGUAAGGGCUAAACUGCCACAGGGAGACUGGAUAUAUCCAGAAAUUCUCCUGGAACCAUUCCGGAACAAAUACGGCAGCCUCCAUUACAGCUCUGGAGUGCUACAAAUAGCAUCAGCCCGAGGCAACAAGGUGCUUAGCAGUGGGACUACUGAUUACUCUAAUAAGGUUCUAUUCGGUGGUCCCAUAAUGGACCUGCAGUGUCACGACACAUUACUGAACAGUAGAACACUGGCCAACGAACGCUGGGGAGAUAGUUACCACGAAUACUCCAUCCGAUGGGCACCAGAUCGGAUAACACUAUCAGUGGACGGCGUGGAGUGGGCCCGCGUGGAGCCCGCAGCGAGUGGACUGCGCGGUCGGUUCCCUGAACAAUGCACACAACUCCCUCGGAACUUGCUGCAGUUCGGAUCUAAGAUGGCGCCCUUCGAUGAUCAUUUCUACAUCGCGUUAGGAGUUGGCGCAGGAAGCAUUACCGAGUUUCCUGAUGGAGUGAAGACAGUCAACGACCGUCCCAAGCCGUGGAGUAAUCCUGGAAGGAAGGCCCUCCUCAACUUUUGGCAGGACAUGGACUCCUGGCUUUCAACCUGGAACCAGCCCCAACUCCUCGUGGACUAUGUAAAAGUGGUCGCUCUGUGAUAACAAAAUCUAUUUAGCCAAAUAUGUCAAUGUGUUUAAACUGAAAUGGUCAAUGACACUAAUGUUGGAACUUGUAAAUGAAUAUUUAUGUUAUAAAUACCAAAUCAGAUCCCUUAUUUCGUAUAAUAUACGUUGGCAUAAUUUUAAUUCAUAUAAUGAUACGAAUGUAUUACCUAUGUAUGUAAAGGUAAGAUAAAUAACAUUAUGCAGUAUUGUCUCAUUGUAUAAAAAUGUGACAAUGAUAAAGGACUGACAUUAUGCCUAAAAACUAUGCGAAAUUGGAUCAAAAUAUGUACUACAAAAACGUUAAUAUUCUAGUUAUAAGUUCCAAUUUUAAGUGUUUAUAGAAUUUAUAAGACUGCUAAUGAAAUUGUCUAGAUUGUAUGAAAGCUUUUGUAUCUGUUAUGGGAACGGCUGCCUUGUACGAGAGUCAUUUUGUUUUAAAAUCCGCCAUGAUAUCAUUUACUUUUAUUUAAAUAAGUGUAAUGUAAUAAAUUAAUAA